AGCAUCUGCUGCAUCCAAGCCUGAGCCAGUCACUGUUCAGAAGGGUGAACCUAAAGAAGUAGUUAAACCUGUGCCCAUUACAUCUCCUGCUGUCUCCAAAGUCACUUCCACAACCAACAUGGCCUACAAUAAAGCAGCACGGCCCUUUGGUUCUGUGUCUUCACCAAAAAUCACAUCCAUCCCAUCACCAUCGUCUGCCUUCACCCCAGCCCAUGCAAGCACUUCAUCACAUGCUUCCCCUCCACCUGUGGCCGCUGUCACUUCUCCCCCAUUCUCUGCAUCUGGACUGCAUGUUAAUGCCAAUCUUAGUGCUGACCAGUGUUCCACUGCACUGAACACUGGUAAAUCUGCAGUUAAUGUCCCACGGCAGCCCACAAUCACCAGCGUGUGUUCCGAGACUACUCAGGAGCUAGCAGAGGGACAGAGAAGAGGAUCCCAGGGUGACAUUAAACAGCAAAAUGGCCCACCGAGAAAACACAUUGUGGAGCGCAACACAGAGUUUUAUCACAUCCCCACUCACAGUGAUGCGAGUAAGAAGAGGCUGAUUGAGGACACUGAAGACUGGCGCCCACGGACUGGAACAACUCAGUCUCGUUCUUUCCGGAUCCUUGCCCAGAUUACUGGGACUGAACAUCUGAAAGAAUCUGAAAGUGACAAUACAAAGAAGGCAAAUAGCACUCAGGAGCCUUCUCAGCCAUUGGCCUCUUCAGGAGCUUCACCUCGGAGCACUCCUGAGAGCCUGGAGAGCCCAGGUUCAGGCAGACCAGGAGUUGCUGGCCUGAGGACUGCUGCUGCUUUCAAGCCUGUAGGAUCCACCAGUGCUGUCAAGUCACCAAGCUGGCAACAGCCAAGCCAAGCAGCACCUUCUACUGGAAGGAUUUCAAACAAUGCUGCUUCAGGAGCGGGGACCCCAGCAAACUCUGCUGUGGGGCCACCUCAGCCAGGCGACCAGGACACGCUAGUGCAGAGAGCUGAGCACAUCCCAGCGGGCAAGCGAACGCCCAUGUGUGCCCACUGCAACCAAGUCAUCAGGGGACCUUUCCUAGUGGCACUGGGGAAAUCUUGGCACCCAGAAGAAUUUAACUGUGCUCACUGCAAAAAUACAAUGGCCUAUAUUGGCUUUGUAGAAGAGAAGGGAGCACUGUAUUGUGAGCUGUGCUAUGAGAAAUUCUUUGCUCCUGAAUGUGGUCGGUGCCAAAGGAAGAUCCUUGGGGAAGUCAUCAAUGCUUUGAAAAAAACUUGGCAUGUGUCCUGUUUUGUGUGUGUGGCCUGUGGAAAACCCAUUCGUAAUAAUGUUUUCCAUUUGGAGGAUGGUGAGCCCUACUGUGAGACUGAUUAUUAUGCCCUUUUUGGUACAAUAUGCCGUGGAUGCGAAUUUCCCAUAGAAGCAGGUGACAUGUUCCUGGAAGCUCUGGGCUACACCUGGCAUGACACUUGCUUUGUGUGCUCCGUAUGCUGUGAAAGUUUGGAAGGUCAGACAUUUUUCUCCAAGAAGGACAAGCCACUUUGCAAGAAACAUGCUCAUUCUGUGAAUUUUUGAAAAUCAACAGUUCCUAGGAAGAUAAAAAAUUUUAAGAAAAAAAGAGAAAAAUUAAAAUUACCAUUUAAUUUUUAGUCUUAAUAUUUAUAUGGAAUUUCAAAAAAUAAUAGUCACCCUGACGGGAUAAAUUCCAACAGUUACAACUGAGUCUGUGGAAAUGUUUGGCUUCAGAAAGUCAGAGACAGUUUGGCAUUUAUUAUGACUUUUUCCUGUAUUUUCUGCCCAUAAAAUAACCUUUAUAAAAAUCAAUUUCCUGGUUGACUAUUAAAUUCAUCAUAGAAUAAAUUAGUAAAUAAUUAAAUUUUAGAAUUAGAAACUCUAGCCUCUACACUGAAAUGAUUAUACUUUCCUUUUUAGUUAUGAGAAUCUGCAGAAGGCAAUAAAAAUGCCUUAAACUUUGUUAAUAACCAUAAUUGUCUAUUAAACCCGUUUAUGUUUAAAAUAGUAAAUAGGAAUUUAAACAGAAUUUUAUCAGUAGGAGGGAUCUUUUUAUUUUUAGCAUGUGUACAUGUUUUGGUCUUAACAAUCCUUUCAGUAAGACAGGCCAGCAAAGGUUUUGAUCAAAGUAUGUCAUGCCUAUAAGGGACACUAUGUUCUUCUCUUAAGCUCACCCAAAAGUUGUCGCUUAUAGGGCUCAGGCUAGCCUCUGUUCAGACAGGGUGGGUGCUUCGCCACCGGAUUACACUGCCGUGUUUCUCUUCUGAUAAUUCAGUGUCUUUGGACUGUAACAGUUUUGCCUCUUCCUUAGAGAGCGUAAGUAGAAAAUAACAGGGUAGAACUGGGUAAAGAAAAGGA